AUGGCUAGUGUCAAGAUCUCUCCAUUAAAGGACACUGAGGUGUUCAACCCAAUCAAGGUGGGAAAGAACCAAUUGCAACACAAGAUCGUCUAUGCUCCAACCACUAGAACCAGGGCCUUGGACGAUCACAGCCCAUCGGAUUUGAUUGUCGAUUAUUACGACGACAGGUCAAAGACCAAGGGGUCUUUUCUCAUAGCUGAAGCCACAUUUGUGAGCCCUCAGGCAGUAGGUAUCUCGAAUGCUCCGGGGAUCUGGACAGAUCGCCAUGUCAAGGCCUGGAAGGCCAUCACAGACAAGGUCCAUCAGAACGGGUCUUUUAUCGGGGUGCAAGCCAUUUUCGUGGGCAGAGCAGCCCGGCCAGCCAUUAUCAAGGCUGCUGGUCAAGAAAUCCUUUCCCCCUCUGCCAUUUUUCCAAGCGAAGAAAGCAAGAAGAAUGCCGAGGAAGCGGGUGUGCGUCUUAGAUCUUUGACGGAAGAAGAGAUCCACAGGUACAUCUACGAAGACUUUACCAACGCUGCCAAGAAGUCCAUCGAAGCUGGUUUCGACUACUUUGAGCUCCAUGGGGCCCAUGGCUUCCUUCUCGACUCCUUCCUCCACCCAUCCUCCAACAAGAGAACCGACAAGUACGGUGGAUCUAUCGAAAAUAGAGCCAGAUUCUUGCUCGAGCUCAUCGACCAUUUAAGUGAGGUCAUUGGUGCUGACAAGCUCGCCAUUCGGAUAUCUCCAUGGGCCAACUACAAUGGCAUUAAGGCAGAGAAAGAAGAGGUCCACCCUAUUGUGACCCUCGGAUAUCUCUUGCAUGAACUCCAAAAGAGAGCCAAUGAAGGAAAGGAAUUGGCCUACAUAUCUAUCGUUGAGCCAAGACUCAGACUUGGCCAAGAAGGUGAAGAACCCGAGGAAGGACAGGUAGGUACCAAUGACUUUGUAGGACAAAUUUGGAAGGGUGUGAUUUUGAAGAGUGGAAAUUACACUUACGAUGCCCCAGACUUUCAGACCUUGAGGGCAGAUUUGGCCGAUAAGCGUACUUUGGUGGGCUUCUCGAGAUACUUUACCUCCAACCCAGACUUGGUAGAUCGGUUGUAUCACGGCCAUAGCUUAGAACCGUACUCCAGAGAGACCUUUUACGGACAAAACAACUGGGGAUACAACACCUUCAACAGUUUUGGUAAAGAUACUGUGUAUGAUAAGGAGACUGAGCUCGGGAGAGUUGCAAAAGAAAUCUCUGUCUCCGUGGGUGCUUCUUGA